AUAUAAAAUAAUAAAUACGGAGUAUGAAGAUGUGGAAAUGGUCGAAAGAAAAUUCUAAGUCUCACAUUCGAAGCACUGAACUUUGAAGAUUACACGGCAACCGAAGAAGAACAGGUAGAAAGCAAUGAAGAAGGGUUGAUCUUCCUAUUAUUAAUUCAUUAAUCAAUUUGGUUAAGAACGAUGCCGGAAGCAAUGGAAGACAACGGUGACGGCAUUACUGCCAGCCCCCCUACUGCUAUCUCCGGCGGGAACGGCAGGAAUGGCAAUGCCAAUAGCAGCAAUGACACGGCGGUGGCGAGGCGGAGGGUAAGAAUAGGAUCCGCCUGUGGAGGAGUAGUGAUAGGGAAGCCUGUUAUAGUGAUGAUAUGCGGGAGCCUCGUUUACUACCACUGCGCCUACCAGAAAUCAAGCCUGGUCUCUCUCGUCUCCGACGUCUUUAUCGUUCUUCUCUGCUCUCUCGCCAUCCUCGGCCUUCUCUUCAGACAAAUGAGCAUCCCUGUGCCAGUGGAUCCGCUAGAGUGGCAGAUAUGUCAGGAGACGGCCAAUAGCGCAUUUGCGGGCUUGGCUAAUACCAUUGGGGCUGCGGAAUCUGUUCUCCGCGUUGCUGCUACUGGCCAUGAUAAGAGGUUGUUCUUCAAGGUUGUUGCUACUCUUUACGCGCUAUCUGUUUUAGGAAGGAUGGUCUCAGGUGUUACCCUUGCUUAUGCUGGCCUGUGCUUGUUCUGUCUUUACUUGUUGGUAGAGAACUCACAAAUGAUCAGCUCCCGUGUCUCCAAUUUUUCUCGGACAAGAGACCACUCAACCGUGCAGGAUGAUAACUCAUAAGAGUGGUUCACUCUUCACAGCCGUCUCUUCUAUUGAUUGCUAUGCCAUAUGCCUUUGUAUGUAGUAGUGUGACAUAUAUGCAUUAGCUUUUACUCUUUUUGUAGCAUAGUGUUAUGAAAGAUACUUAUCAACAAAUAAUGACAAAACUAAUACUUCGUGCGGAGUAAAUAUUGUUAGAAAUAAAGAGAUCCGUUUUCAUUUCAGACGGAAAACUGAGUAAAUUAUAAAUGAGUAGUACUUCUAAAGUAAUGAUCAACCAAACCCAUUAAAACCUAAUUAUUGUUAUUGUAUUUUGAAAAUAUUGUAUUUGAAGACAUUCCUAAGGACCCUAAGCUGCUGAUUAAAAUGCUAUUAUUGUC